CUUUUUGUAUUUUCUCCACAGUUUAUCCAAAUUUCUCAUCAUCAUUCCUCUUCCUCUGCAUCAUCAGAAUAGUUUUUCUCUCUCUCUCUCUCUUCCUCUCUCUUUCUUCAUCUCUCUCUCUCUUUCCACCGCAUGGAUUAUUGUUGUUGUCAUCUUUUCCUUUCUCUCUCUCUCAAUUCAGUCUUUUAAAAAGUCGCUUUUAUAUUCUUAUUGUAUUUUAACUAAAUUUAGAUAAUGAUUAUCUAAUUGUUACCACAAUUCUCAUUCUAAAUAAUUUGAUUACAAGUUAAUUUCUAUUUGUUUUUCUUUUCUCAAUUCGGUUAACCUUUUUUUCCCCAUUGGUUUUUGGUAAACAGACUAACACAUUAUGGAGGAAGGACAAGUUACUACUCAAGCAAAAAAAUCUUCAGCUUUACAAACCGAUUUGGAAGCUCAAAAAUUGUUUCUCUCUAAAUUGGAAGAUGAAUGUAAGAAAAAUUUUCUCGAUGACAAAUCUCUUAAUAAAACUCUCGGACAAUAUAAGAAAGCAGCGAAUGAGUUAAAGAAUUCAAUUAACCAUUUCCUGGAUUCUAAAUCUGUUUCUACUAAUAAUCCUGUUGGUAGAUUAAUUGACGAAGAGCUUAAAGAAAAGAUUGACAUGUUGGAAUCAACAUUAAAAUCAUCUGGAAUAAUCAAAGAUAAUCACAACAAUUCUGCCAAUGGAUCUACUAGUCAAGUUACCGUUUCCACUGUUCCUGCUACUGUAGAUUCAAUUGUUACUGAUAAUCAAGAAAAAUCAUCUCAACAAUCACCAACCCAAUUGACAUCUCAGAAUAUUGAUUCUCAGCCCGUUGGUCAACAACAACAACAACAACAACAACAACCAUCAUCAUCAUCAUCGUCAUCAUCACAACCUCAACAAGAAACAUCUCAAACCCAAACAAAUCAACCUCAACAAUCAACACAAUCUCAAUCAACUGAUAAAAAGAAAUCAACAACGGUGAAAAAAGAUGUUACCAAGAAAUCUGAUAAAGGUGAACCAGAAUUGAAAGUUGAUUCCUCAAAACCAGAUACUAAAACCGAUGCUACAAUUAAACCCGAUUCUACCACCGAUUCAACAGCAAAGACAACAACAUCACCACCGCCAUCAAUUUCUAGCAAAUCUAAUCAAGAAGCUAAAGACUCCGAGAGUUUAUCACCAGAAAGGAAGCCCAAAGCUGCUUUGAAUAAGCGAUCAGCUCAUAAGGAAAAGAGUACAAUGGAUUAUAUUCUGAAGAAUCUUAAUUGUGAUAACAAUGAGCAAAAUCAACUUAAACUAUUAUGCAAAAUGUAUAUGGAUCUUAUGGAAGAAAACAAAGUUUUAGACAAAGGCAAUAAGCAGCAUGUUAAAACUUUCACUCGAUUGAAUAAAGAAAAGGAGCAACUUCAGUCUGAGAAUAAUCGUUUGAUUCUUGCAAAGAGUAGACUUGAAAGUCUAUGUCGAGAAUUACAGAAACAUAAUAAAGCAAUUAAAGAGGAGAGUUUAUUGCGAGUUAAAGAGGAAGAGGAAAAACAUCGCACCAUGGCUGCCAAAUUUCAAGCCACUUUAAGUGAGAUAAUGAUUCUGGUUCAGGAGAGUCAUCAACGGAAUAAUACACUGAGAGGAGAGAAUAUGCAAUAUGAGAAAAAAUUGCGAAUCUAUUUGGAACAUUAUGGUAAAUGGGAGAAAGAAAUUGAGAAAAUAUUAGCAUCGAAAGAUUUGGAAAUUCAAUUAACCAAAACUAAAUUAGCCGAAGCCAAUUUAACUUCUGACCGAGAGAAGGAAAAAUUAAUUGAAGAAAAUCAACAGAUUCUCAAUAUGAUGACAGAUCUUCACAAGAAACAUUCUGAAUCGAUUACCAAUGAGAAUCAUUUGAAAGCUCAACUUUCGCUUUAUAUUGAAAAAUAUGAUGAAUUUCAGACUCUUUUAGCUAAAAGUAACGAAAUGUUCAAUGGAUUUAAGAAAGAUAUGGAUAAGAUGAGCAAGCGAAUUAAAGAUUUGGAAAAGGAGAUCAAAGGAUGGAAAAAGAAAUGUGAUGAUGCAAAUCAAGCGUUAAUUGUUGCUGAUGAAGAGCGAAAAACUUCAAAACAAAAGAUACAAAAACUUGAGAAUUUGUGUCGAGCCUUACAAUCGGAAAGGAAUCAACUUUCAGAUCGAUUGAAACAAACUCAGAAUAUUGAAAAGUCGAAAGAAAAAUCAAAUUCAUUGGAUUGUGGAUCAAAUGAAAAUAGUGAUAAAUCGUUGGGCGAUCAUAAAGAUGAUAAAUCUCAAUCUACAAUAAGUGAUAAUAAUAAUCCACCGAUCGUUAAUCAAGAUCUCAAUCCUUAUGAGCUUUUAUUAUCUUCGACGAAUCAGUGAUCUCUCUCUCUCUCUCCCUCUUUUUAGAAAUUAACACAUUUAAUUGAGAAAAAGGUCUAAAUUUUCAUCGUCAUCCGCUUAUUAUAUUCUCCUACUUUUUAAUUAUCACAAUCAACGCGUGAUUGUUAAUUUAGUGUGAAAGAAACAAAAUUUACAUUUAAUUUUAACUUCGAAAGACAAAAUAUUUCAAUCAUGUCUUUGAUUAACUUUCUCCCUUCCCUUAUCAUCACCUUAUCCUUUCCCGUACUUAAUUAAUUUAAAGAGAAUAAAUCUACUAACCAAUAAUGAAUCACUUGUUACGUAAUAAACACGUAACAAAAAUAAUUAAUAAAACCAACAAUUAACAAUCUUAAUCAUAAUUAAGCCUUAAAAAUGAAAGCAAAGCUUUUAGUCAACAUCGAUGAGACAAUAACAUGAAAUCAAGAAUCUCUUUUUCUCCUCUCUUUAUUAUCUGUAUUUUCUAGAAUUCAUAUUCUCAUUAAAUGUUAAUUAUAUUCGAAAA